AUGAAGGCGUCGCCUGGUCCACAGCCUGAUCAGAAAUCUCACGAUCAAAAUAUUCAUUCAUCACCGCACUCGAACGAAGGAGCAAUUGGCUACUCGAGUCCAAAGUCGAAUCGCAUGUGUUUAGAGAUUGGCUAUCAGAGGUUGACUGAGAUUGAACAUGCUGCUUCUUCAAGAACUGAUCGGCGGUGGCACUUUGCCUGCAACUUUCGCUUAAAUCGAUAUCAGAAGUUGGAAUCUAUAAAAGAGAGAGGCUGUUAA